GCUCACAAGUCUUGCUGUCAAUGCAAGGUUCAUUUUCCAUCCUGCGAGAUCAGAUGCCUGCGUCGACGACAAAAAGAUCCAAUGUAUUUAGUAGGCACUUGGUUAAUUUAUAUGUUUUAUCGUGCCGCUUGUGACGGAAGUGGAAAGUCUGUCUGAACUCUUUGUCGAAGCACCUCGAAGCGCGUGUAUUAUGUUGCGCUUUUCUUCUUCACACUUUAUUUCACUUUUCGCUGAAACUAAAAACAGUCCAAGUUUGAUUGGUCUUAAUCGCAUGUUAUACAGCUUGAGCUUCUGCUAGACAGUUUCAGUGCUUUUUAUGGUUCUCACUGGCCGGUCGUAGUAGUUGCAGUUGGCCUCCUUAUACGCAUUUAUUUUUCAGUUUGAGGAUCAUACUAAAAGUAAUUGUAGAGUUCAGUGCACGACUUUACGUUUACGCCAAGAGUAAAUCCUUCUAAGCAAGUCCUGUGCCUCACUCAAAUUCUGAAAUUCGUUUGUAGUUUGCAAAAAGUAUUCCAAAAAAUGGCUGUCUUUCGCAACCUCGUCCUGUGUGGAGCCGCGGUCUGCACCAGCGUAUUGGCUGCCGUUCCAGGAGGUAGGCGAUUUUGCGGGUCUGCUCCGCCAAUAAGAAAGUAGAUGCGAUUUUUUUUCCGAAAAGUGCUAGCUUCUUACCACGAUCAGAAGUAAAUUGAUGCAAAUUUUCCACGACUUCUUCCUUGAAAUAAAACUGCAGAUGCCGACCUCUCCCUGCCAGUGACCCCAAGAAAGGGCGGCCUGCGUUACCGUUCCAAUAUGACUAGCCGCAACCGCUCCAACAGCCCAGCGCGUGAUGACGGUAAUAUCAAAUCGACGUCCGCUUCCCCGAUCGGCGGUGACCUGCGGAAGAUUCCUUCGUUCCAAACGGAGUCCACAGAGGCGCCGGGGUCCAAUCCAAACUUAUCCGGAAUGGACGACGGCAAGGUGGUCAGCUUCGUGGAUAACAGCGACGACAGCAACUCGGAGCCCGGUAAUAAGGAUCUUCAGUCGCAGUUUGAGUUUUUCGGGGAAAGAAAAGUGUUGUGUGAAGAUGCAGCAUUUGUACAAAUAGCAUCUUCUACCUCCUCCUGCUAAAAGUUUGUAAAACCUCUCUUCCAGGUUCUAGCUCUCGUGCCGCUCCGCGUAAGACCGAGGAGCAUUUCGAGUCACUCGCCAAGAAUGCCGAGCCAGAGGAGCCGUCUCGCCGGGGAUUCCUCAGCUGCUUGUCCUGCAAGAGGCGCCAGGUGGAGCCAGCCCGGGAAUUGACUGUAUUUUUCAUGUUUCUAUUUUUAUUUUUUCAAUCUGCUGUGCAACACGUGAAAGAACACAUUAAAGUUUGCAUGAAGUAUUAGCAAGGGGUUGCGGCGCUUACAUUUACAAUGGAUGAAAAUACAACAAGUAGAAAAACUAAAACCCAAACAAAAACGUAACCCACGCAGGCGCAAGAGCGCGAGGCGGCCAGACGCGAGACGGCGGACAUGUGGCGGGGCAUGGCCACACUCGGUGUGCUGAGCGCGGGCGUGCAAGGGUUGGCGAUGGCGGCCUUCUCGGGUUUUCCGGGGACCGCUGGCCAGCAACCGCAGUAG